AUGCAAUUACCUUCGAUAGCCUCGCUUUUAAAUGAUAGUCCAGAGAAAGUGAUUCUGCCAUCUGUCAAGGAAUUGGAACAGUUAAAAGUCAAUACUGAUGUUUCUAAUAAUCAAAAUACUGUUCAAAAUUCUACUGUUGUAGGGUUCAAAUCAUACAAUAACAACAAUAAUACUUCUCUCAAUAAUAAUACUCAUCACCAUCUACUUUCGAAUAGUCAACAACAUUCGAAUAACCAACAAGUUACUUCAUACACAUGCACUUCUUCUACAACAUUACCUUCCAGUAACAACAACCAUAACAUUUCAACAAGUCCUCUCAUAGAGGAGCAGCGAUUUAAUCAUUCGUCCACUUUCUUACAACAGCAACAUGCAUACAUAAAUGGGAUGUGGAAGUCAACUGACAUUGCCUCUGAUAAUUAUUCCAAUACAAGGAAAUGGGACGAAUCUAAUUUGAAAAUCCAACCUAAUAGUCCAAAUACAAUUACUCAACCUAUUCCAAUAUUUCAAAACAAAUGGUCAACUACGACAAGUAAUCUUUCUGCAACAUCACCAGCAACUUUUAAACCAAUAAUUAGUCCAAAUAGAACAUCGCCAUUGAGUUUCACUCCAAGUGUGGCAACGACAGCUUCAAAUUCUUCAAAUGCAUCUGAAAAUAAUGGAAAGAAAAAGAGGAAACAUGACGAAAGUUCAGAAUCUAGCUCACCAAUAACGAAUAGUCCAAAAUUGGUGAAAAGAAAUAGUGGCACUUCAAGGAAAUCACCAAAUUCCACUUCUAGUUCUGCAUCUUCAUUCCAAUUUAUGAAUUUUUCAAUUUCGUCUGACAGUUCGAAAAUCAAAUUUGUAAAUUCUGAACAUCAACAAAUUGGAAUCAAUGAUGGAUCUUGGACAGAUCAGGAACAUGAAGAUUUCGUCAGAGGAUUGAACGAAUGUGGAAAAGGGAGAUGGAGAGAAAUUGCUGAAAAGUAUGUCAAAACCAGGUAA